CUAAAUAUAGUCAUGUGUGAUCUUGUUUGAUUUGUCUUAACAUAUAGAUUAUUAAUAUAUAAUUUUUAUAAUUUUUUAAUAUACAAAUUAUAAGAUAAAAUGGAUUAAAGAAGUGCAUUGGAUGCAUGGUCCUAAAUAUAUCUACCAAAUAGAGCUUGUCAAAGAAAUAGAGUAAUUAAAUAUUGCCAAAAGCAAAAAAUAAAAUAAAAUUGGAAUCUACCCCGAGUCCAAAUUCUGUACGGAACAUUUCCCGGCUCCAUUCCCGCCGGCGCUAUCACCAUGCACAGAUCAUCGAGCUCCAGCAGGAUCUCGGAGUUCUCUCCACAUUCAUCGUCGUCUUCAUCUCUAUUACCCGCCUACUCUUCUCCGAAUCUCAGAUUGGCGUUCGCCGGCGACUCUGACGAGUUGCCGACUUACAACCCCCGAUCUUAUCUCGCAAAGAAGGAGAGAGAUCGACUCAGAUCAUCGGAGAACUUCGUGCAUCUCAUCCCUCUGAUACUCUUUUUGUCCGUCAUCGUUCUGUGGCUUUUCUCCGGUCAAGGAAUCUGAGGAAUGCUACAAGUAGUUUGGCAGAUCCAAAAGAUUCCAAUCUGAUUCAAUGGUUCUGUAUUUGUGAGUGAUGUCAAUGGCCAUAUGGGAUGAAAGCAGCUUGAGAUCAGAGCAGUUGCUAGACGACUCUGAUGAUCCAUA